ACCCUGGUGUAAGUAGUAAUUUUUAUUCUCAAGUUGGCGCAAGCAGGAUUUAGCUAGGGAAAAUUUAUCAAGUUUGCCAAACUGUAACAAAGGACAAGUUCAAGCGAUUGUUUUUUCUUUCUGGUUGAAGACAUGGCCGACGCUAAAAAAGAAACCGUGGCUAAAAAGCUGCCCGCAGUACCAGAAUCGGUACUGAAGAGAAGAAAGCGGCGCGAUACCGCUAAAGCUGUUCGCUUGCAGACAUCUAUCAAGAAGCGUCAAGAGCAUUACAAGAAACGGAAGGAGAUCUUCAAGCGCGCUGAACAAUAUGUAAAGGAGUACCGAAUGAAAGAACGAGAUGAAAUCAGGCUCAAGAGACAAGCCAAGAAUCGUGGAAAUUAUUACAUUCCUGGCGAGGCUCGUUUGGCUUUUGUUAUGCGUAUUCGGGGUGUGAAUCAAGUUGCACCGAAAGUACGUAAAGUUCUGAAGCUUUUCCGUCUACUUCAGAUCAAUAAUGGAGUCUUUGUUAAAUUGAACAAAGCAACAAUCAACAUGCUUAGACUUGUCGAUCCCUACAUCACUUGGGGAUAUCCAAAUCUUAAAUCUGUCAGAGAAUUGAUUUACAAGAGAGGUUUCGCUAAAAUCAAUCGUCAAAGAAUACCAAUUACUUCGAAUUCCAUCAUUGAAAGUCAAUUGGGACGAUCAAACAUCAUCUGUACAGAAGAUUUGAUCCACGAAAUUUUCACUGUCGGUCCUAAAUUCAAGUACUGCAGCAACUUUUUGUGGCCAUUCAAGCUCAACACACCAAAUGGAGGUUGGAGAAAGAAGACCAACCACUAUGUUGAGGGUGGUGACUUCGGAAACAGGGAAGACAAAAUUAAUGAACUAUUGAGGAGAAUGGUUUAAAUUAUGUUUAAUGAAAAUAAAGACGGAAUUUACAAAAUAA